AUGCUCUGGAAAAAGCUUAAGGUGUUGGGUUCGGGUUCUUACGGUACAGUGUCUCUUGCAGCGCCGACGAACGUCGACUCUUCGUCUACGAUAUAUGCAGCAGUGAAAUCUGCGGAAGUUGCUCGUUCGUCUUCGCUACAAGAGGAAGGAAAAAUAUUGCAGGCGUUGAGAGGGUCGGAGUAUGUAGUUGAGUGCUUUGGAGAAGAUGUGAGUGUCGAAAACGGUAAGAAUACUUAUAACCUCAUGCUCGAGUAUGCUGCUGGUGGAACUUUGCAUGAUUUAAUUUGUAAAUCGAAUACGAGCCUAAGAGAAUCAGAGGCUGCGUAUUAUGCUUUUCAGCUAUUAGAAGGGAUUUCUCAUGUUCAUAAUAAAGGGUUUAUUCAUUGCGAUUUGAAACCUGCGAAUAUUCUAGUUUUCCCGCCAACUGAGAAAUAUAUGCGUCUCAAAUUGGCUGAUUUUGGUCUGUCGUUGAAAUCAACUGAAACACACGACAGCGACAGCUCGAAGAAGCAUCCAAAUCAUCAUAGAGGGACUCUGGUGUAUGCAUCACCGGAAUCAGUUACGAGUGAGAUUUAUGCUAAAGAUGUUGAUAUUUGGGCACUUGGAUGCAUUGUCAUAGAGAUGAUUGCUGGUAGACGAGUAUGGUCGGGAUAUAAAAGUAAUUACGAAUUAGCGUUGAAGAUAGCACAUGAAGAACCGGAGAUUCCGUAUAAUAUAUGUAAGGAUGCGAAGGACUUUCUGAGUAAGUGUUUGGAGAGAGAUCAUAAUCAGAGAUGGACUGCGGAAAUGUUACUUAAUCAUCCUUUCAUUAUCAAGAACGUUAAUGUCAAGAAGAUGGAUGAUGAUGAUGUGCUGAUUCGAAAAUGUAAUUGGAUUUCUACGGAGCAUUUGUUUUCAACAAUUAGUAACUAUUAUCCUGAUCAUAACUCCUCAAGAGGAUCAAGCAGUAAUAUUAGUUCUUCAGAGACUAAUAGUAGUAAGGCACAACACACAACAGAUGAUGAAGACUCUGUACUAGGGAUUUGGGACCUCAUCAACUUGUUAUUUGCAUGA